UCCAUCGUGUCAGCCUGCAGGGCUGGAUAACUGAACGAAACCGCUCCAUGCAGGUUUCUACGGAAAACAUUCGUUUAGUUUCUUGCUUUCGGUGUGUGCGGAAGCGCGUGCGGUGAUUCCCGUCGGUCGCGUCGAAUAGUUCGUGUUCUCGGUAAUAAUACGCGGUGUCGUGAAUUUUGUGUCCGGUUUCACCGAAUAGUGUGGCCUCGGGAGUGAAGUUUUGGAUGUUACAUACGGUGUAGAAGAAGAUAGUGAAAAUAAGUGUAAUUUGUGCUUUGUGUUUAACAUAACUAAAAGAGGAAACGAAGUAAGUGAAUAAUGAAAUUAAAAAGUGUAUGAAAAAAGUGUGUAAACGUAACAAAACGAUCAACUUGUCAUAAAGGAAGGUAAAAAAAUGUUUAAUUUGUAUUCCACAUGAACAAGUGUCAAAAGUGAAGGAAUAAAUAUGGCGAUCUGACCAGGAAAAUAAAAAAAAAAAAACAAACAACAAUUCAAAGAGAAGAUCGAACAUUCAAAUGUCCUGAACGAUCUUUGGUUUGUUGCGGAUAACAUCUUUAAAAAAAUCACAGUUCCUGUUAAAUCUUCUCCAGCGCAGUGUCGGCGAACAAAAGGAUUUUCUCAGAAAAGAGAAUAUAGGGAAACAAACUUGUGUAAAUAGAAGGAAAUAAUUGGUAAACAAAUUCCUUACCCUAUCACGCAUCUUGUCGUCUCCCUACACAUACAUCUUACGAAAUCGUGUUCCAAAAAAAAAAAAAAACAUAACGAAACCCAAACCAACAAAGCCCUCUAGGUCCAAUUAGGAAGCAAGAGACCACAGGUUCGAGGUUUCGGCGUGGAAUGCUAGAGAGGUGUCGAAUUCAGCACACACACAACACUUUCUUGCGAAGCAACAAUGUUUUUUUUUUCGGGGGUCGUCUUUUGAUGUGAGUGUUGAUGCUGGAAGAUGAACGUAAGGAUACGCGUCGCCUUAACUUCAAACCAUCGGCCUAGGACCUCUCGUUCGUCUGUUCGUUUCCAAAAGCAUAAAAAUAUGAUAAUGAUGAGUUAAGAUCGCUAACGACACGACACCGCUUACGAAACGCAUCGAAGCGGGGUGAAAAAAGGGAAUAUACAAUGAAAAAUAUUUAACACCAAUGUUCCAGGUGAAACACGCUUGUGAGCGUGACGUGUUUUUGUGUUGUGAAAAGGUGCGAAGUAUGGUGAUAUUAAGCGGGGGCAAAAAAAUUAGUGUGAAAAAGUUCUAAGCCGUAGCUAAGGAAAAUGGAAGGCUUUUUGUUAUUAGUGUUGUAAAAGAAAAUUGCUUCAAAUCGAUGAUGAAAAAAUAUUGAAACGAAAAGAGAGAUCGUGCGCGAUUGCGUGUUGAAAAUAGUGCUUAUUGUGUGUAUGUUGGCAAGCAAAAUUGGUGUGCAUAAAUGUGUUUGUUGUAGGGGAUAGGUUAAAAAAAUUGCUAGUGUUUGCUGCUGAGUGGAAUUAAAGAUUCCACUAAUCAAACAUGGAUUAUCUGGUGCUAGUAACGACGCUUAUAGCACUGUUCAUCAGCCCAACGAUUCAAGCCCAGUAUCGUCCUCCUCGAAUCAUCGAACAUCCAAACAACCAGAUCGUUCCGAAAAAUGAACCCGUGACGCUGAACUGUAAGGCCGAGGGUGUACCGGAACCGACCAUCCACUGGUACAAGGAUGGUGAACCGGUGAAGCUUACACCGAACCAUGUACUGCUCCCGGUGGGUUCAUUGUUCUUCCUGCGAACGCUACACAGCAAAAAGGAGAACGACGCUGGAGUCUAUCGAUGCGUCGCCUCGAAUAUUGCCGGAACUGCCGAAAGCCGUAACGCUACGCUACAGAUUGCAUUACUGCGGGAUGAGUUCCGGGUCGAGCCAAAGGAUACGCGAGUGGCGGCCGGAGAAACAGCUCUGCUUGAGUGUGGUGCCCCGAAGGGUACACCUGAACCAACGAUCCGAUGGAUGAAGGAUGACAGCUGGAUGGAUGAGCAGCUUCGGACCGCCAAGGAGCUCGGUCGCAUCCGGAUCGUCGAUGGUGGAAAUCUGCUCAUCAGCGAUGUACGGCCGGCCGACGGUGGACGCUACAAAUGUGUGGCGUAUAACGUCGUCGGUUCGCGCGAUAGUUCCGUCGCACGACUCACGGUGCAAGUGAAACCCUAUUUUAAGCUGGAACCAAUGGAUGCGACAGCUCUGGUAGGACAACGCGUUCAGUUCCUUUGUGCUGUGGACGGUGAUCCACAGCCACAGAUAUUAUGGAGCAAAGAGAACGGGCACAUUCCGGUCGGUAGGGCUGAAAUUUUAGAAGAAGAUCGUAGUUUGGUUAUCCGAAGCGUGGUACCAAGCGAUCAAGGUCUGUACAUCUGUGAGGCACACAAUACGAUCGGUCAAAUCAGUGCGAAAGCUCAACUUAUCGUUAACUCUCCACCAACAUUCCUGAUUAAGCCCCAGGAUCAGAAGACGGCCCUAAACGGGGUGGCAUCAUUCAAGUGCACCGCCUCAGGCAACCCCCAGCCGUCCGUUUUCUGGACGAAGGAAGGCUCACAGACGCUCAUGUUUCCCAACAAUACGUACGAUAAUAUGCAGGUUUCGGUACAGGGGACACUUCAGAUUCGCGGUGUGCAGAAAGAUGACGAUGGCUACUACAUCUGUUCGGCACUGAGUGUGGCCGGUUCCACUGCCAGUAGAGCUUAUUUACAGGUUCUAACAUCGGAGGACAGCAAUCCACCCCCGAUACUGCAGAUCGUACCAGCUAAUCAAACACUGCCCCGAGGCACCGUUGCUACGCUGCCAUGUCGUGCGAGCGGUAAUCCGACGCCCGCCAUUCGCUGGAUGAAAAAUGCGACCGAUAUCAACCUUUCCGGCGGUAACGGGCGCUUUUCAAUCAUCCAGGGUGGCACGCUAAGAAUUGAUGAUUUGCGAAAUGAGGACAGCGGCUGGUAUCGAUGUGUGGCGUAUUCUGGGAAAGGUGAAACCUCGUGGAGCGCAUAUUUAAUGGUUGAAAGUAACCUUUCUUCUAUGCAACAUCGUUCACACAAUGCCGAUCUGCUUCCAUCGGCACCGGGAAUACCGAAAGCAGUCAACAUAACCAAUAGCAAUAUCACACUGACCUGGACCCGAGGUCAGGAUGAAUUGCAAAUGAAUUCCGUCACCGGUGGCUACACGAUCGAGUACUACAGUCCAGAAGAGAAGGCAGGAUGGAUCAAGGCAAUGAGUCGUAUACCUGGUUACACUGCUACGAUUACAAAUCUGUCACCUUCCACUUCGUACAUGUUCAUUAUUCGCGCAGAGAACUCGCACGGUUAUUCGGCACCGUCACCAACAUCUGCCAUCAUUCGCACGCUGUCGGCAAAUGAUGGAGUAACUAUGCCCGAAGAGAUAGAAACUGCUCGACUGGUGCUCAGUGGACAGAUAUUGGAAUUGGUGGACGCAGUAGCAAUCAAUUCGACGACCAUUCGACUUGAAUGGCAACUCCACAUUAGCAACACGGAAGAAUACGUCGAAGGUUUGUACGUACGGUAUCGUAAUCUUUCGGCAAUCGAUACACAAAGUUACAGCAUGCUUACCAUACCGAUGAAUCCCUCCGAGACGUAUGUUAUAACGGGCUUGGAAAAGUUCACUCGCUACGAGUUUUUCCUAACGCCCUACUUUAAGACUGUCGAAGGACAACCGACGAGCUCGAAGGUAGUACAAACUUUAGAGGAUUUCCCUACGGGUGCUCCAAUGAACGUACAGACGGGCAUGGUAAACUUAACGACCGGGUUGGUAAAUUGGUCCCCGCCGCUAGAACAGCACCUAAACGGUGUUCUGCUUGGUUACAAGGUGCAGCUACGUGCUAGCAAUUCGUCGAAAGUUCUAGCGCAGAUCACACUCAACGGUCCUACGACGUCGAUCGUGCUCCACAGUCUUACCACCGGUAUGACGUACACUGUGCGGGUAGUUGCGUAUAAUCGGGUUGGCGCAGGACCUUACUCAAAACCUGCCUAUCUGAUCAUGGAUUCUGCACACGUCAUAGCACCGCCAAGGGCUCAUAAUUCGCUGAGCGAAAUCGAAGGAUACAGACAGCAGGGUUUGCUGCAUGAGACCUGGUUCAUGGUAGCGCUCGUCGUACUUCUGUUGGUUAUCUUGACGAUUGGAUGUUUUGGUGCGGUAAUGUUUUUCCGCAAUCGUGCGAAGGUGAACAAAGAAAUGAUAAAUGCUACGAUCGCCGUUAAUGCCAGUAUGGAUCCUAGUCGUCGACCAAUGAUGGUUUCACGAAGAGAUGGACUGUGGAUUGAUCGCGGACGAAGAUCGAUCGAUACUGAUAAGGAUUCUGGAUUGAGUGAAGCUAAAUUGUUGGAGAGUUCUCAAAACACUUCCAACUAUGCGGAUGUCAGUACGGAUUAUGCCGAAGUAGAUCCAAGAAGUAUAACGUCGUUCUACAACAGUCGCAAGUCUCCAGACAAUCCAUCGCCCUACGCAACAACAGUUUUGGUAAAUGGAAACUGUAAUGAGAAUGGGAAAAUAUGCUACCAAGGGCUAGAUGGAUAUAUUUCGGGUGCAUCAACUAAUCGAUCAGAUCCAGCAACAUAUCUAGCGGGGCAUCCGAAAGCUUUCACACCGGUGCCAUAUAAUCAAGCCCCAGCCAACUGGAUAGAUUUCCUUCCCCCUCCACCGGAGCAUCCGCCACCGAUUCCACAAGCUUUAGACCACCAUAUACAUCUAAAUCAUGUGUAUCCCUCGGAAUUGAUCGGUGGUGGUGGAGUCCUUCCACCAACCACGACUGCGAUCGGUUCUCAGGGAUCAUCCGUACGUUGUGGAUCGGCCCAAUCCGGUAGCUAUAAUGGUGGUAGCGCACAACACUCAUAUCAGUAUGUAGAUCCAUCCCUGCUAGGACGAGGAUCAUCUAGGAGUAGCUCGAACGAAUGCACUAUGCGUAACGUUCCACCGCUUCCAUUGCCGCCGACCCAGCAGCAACCGCACUUCCUGCCGUACAUGAACGGUACACCCGGUUCUGCGGAGCAGUCACCCUACUUCAACGAUGAAGUGUACAACAGUCCUGUGAAGAACGGAGACAUUAACUAUCAUCCGUAUCGGAUGCCUAAUUCAUCGUCGGCAUCUUCCAUAUCAUGCUGUCAGUCCAAUCAUUCCCGAAGCAGCCAUUCGGCCGGUUCGAAAAACCAUGAAUUUCUAGACCAGCAACAGCAGCAUCAUCAUCUUCAGCAUCAGCAGCAACUUCACAGCAAUAUGAUGCUGCAAGGACCUCCUCAUAUGAGCAAACUUAAUGGAAUAGGUAGCUACGAUGGGCUUACCCCAUCAAAGGUGGUGUCAUUCAAUGAUCAGUACCAAAUGCUAGAUGAAAGCAACACCAACGGUGAACCCGGUGGCCGAACUGAACACGAAAAUUGUACCUAUUUCACCAACUAUUCCGAUGCGUCCGGUGCCAGCAGUAGCAGCGGCAGCGGUGGUUUCCGAAUGCAUCCAAAGUUUGUGAAAACCGUGCACGUAAAUAUUGAAAAUGCCAUCAACGGUAACUAUCACCAUCACCAGCAUCAGCAGCAGCACCGAGAUCAAACGAUAGGGCAGCAGCAGCAACCAAUCAUCACCAAUGGCCAUCACAAUCACAACCACCAGCAGCAACAGCAUCAUCCGUACGUGUACAAUCAACAGCACCAAGCGCAGGAACCGAUCAGCGAACACGAAGAGACUGAAACCGACAAAAUGCUGACCGGUGGCAGUAGCUUCAGCGAAAACGAUGACCAUACGGUUAGCAACGGUGGUUCGGGACCGGAUUCCGACACCCAUGACGAGGUGACGAAGAAGCUUUGCAAUGGCCGCGAAGAUGGUGCAUCCAUUUGUCCGGUCUAUGAAGAACCGGUGAUGCAUCAGUCCUCAUAAAUAGUACACCAGGGCCCCACGUAAGUAGACAUGCGCUUAACCUGUAGAUUUGUUACGCACCACCACUAUACAAUACUGUAAAAGAGUUUUAUUUGUUUUGCAAUACUCAAAAAACAUGAUUUCUUUACUGAAAGGAUCGAACCGGAAAAAGCAUUAUCUGCCUAUAAUGCAAGAGGAAUUAGAAAAAAACACAAGUGAAUAGAUAAAAUACACUCUACAUGGUCAUAAGUCAUCGUAUGCCCAUAGGGUCGCACGAUUGAACUGUUCGAUACCAAAACAUGUGCAGUCCCUAGGAAAGUAAUAAUUUAUUUAAGCGAGCGAAAUAAUGCGUCAGAAUUGGAGCCAUUAUUGAAUUUAGCAUGUUCGUUGGUAAUUUUAUUUGGAAAAUAAUUUUCUUCUCUACGGGCAGGAUUUUCAGAAACUUUUUAAACAAAUAUUUUUAAUUUUGUUUUUCUCGGUUUAGUUUAAUUAUUUUUUACAUUUAGUUUCCCCAUUUUUUUGUUCUUUCGAUAUUUCUGUUCUUCGAUUGCACGACAUCAAUUCAUCUUACUUAAAAUUGAAUCUUUGGUAAACGAAAGGGAAACGAUUCUAACGUGAUGGACAUGAUUAAUUUCACCUUCUUCCUGCUGUCGGACGCGGUAACGUACGCGAGCAUGUGGUGUGGUGUAUUUGGUGGUUCUGUACGUCUGGCGUUGGAGCAAAACUUAAUAUGACAACACACUUCCGUUGCGUGUUAACCCGUCCAAGCGUUGGCCAAGUGUUAUCCUCCCGGGUCGAUGACAAGCGUGUGUGGUGGCUUCUAGUUGUGCUUCGAACAUGGUUCAUAAUUUAUAUUUAGCGACUGGCGGCCACUCGUCUCUUUCUCUCUAUCUGUUAUAGAAUGGUUGUGUGGUAUCGAGCAAACGAACAUAGACCAUAUCUUAUGAUGUGCAGCGAACUGUGUACUUAACUUCACAGUGCAUCCGCCCGAAACAGAGCGUACCGGGGAUCAUGUCAAAAAUGUUUAGUAUCGCGACAAGACUGUGUGGAGAGCUGGUUGAGCGUUUCAGUGUCUGAAAUAUUGUUCAAUAAUGAAGAGACUAGCGUGUGUGUCUGGCUCCAAUAGCUUGGCUCAUGUCUGCUGCACUUCAUCUGUACGGUGCGAACAUCAGUGUAGACGAUGCACUGCGGAAUUUGGAAUGCAUCUGCAAAAUUCCAUCGAACAUGAUUCGUCAAUUUGUCUGGCGGAGUAAAUUUUUGCGUGUUUCUGGAAACUUUCACUUAUUGUUUGGUUUGGAAUUAGAAUGUUCCGACUGAAGUGAUGGUAUUAUGUGUAUUAAGCAUUUUUCUUUUUUUUAAUGUAUGGUUUAUAUUGGAUUGGUAAUUCGGGUAUUAAAUUUUGUGUAAAUUUUGACGCUAAAUAAAUGAAAAUAGAACAACAAAACAAAACACAUGUUUUGUGAGGAAAUUGAAACAAUACAAUCAUGCCUUCUCCCAAUUUUAACCACCUUCCUUUUCAUGUGGGUGUAUCAUUUUCGACAGCCCCAUAGACACCAAUGUUUCUACCCAGAAAGCGUUAGGUUCUUUCUACGGAGUAGGUUAUUCAUCAUCCUGUCGGAAUGAAGGAAAGCUUUCUUCAAUUUCCGUCAGGAUACUUGAGACGAACAAUGCUCACCAGGAAAUAUGGGUGUUUUUUGCUGGCGUUUCGUAAAAGAUGUUUAUUGUUAUUGGUAUCAUAAAAGUGGGUCUUAAUGUUCAUCAUAAUUGUCGCCAUUAACGUUCUCUUACAUGGAGGGAACAUUUGUACAGCAAAAGGAAGAAAUGAAUCAAAUAAAAUUCAUCAUGCGAAUGAUUAGGAUGAUGUGUACAAUUUUGGUGGAAAACACAAUGUGCCUGAAGUUGUAUUGGUGACUUGUGUAUUUUUGUUUAAAAUUUGUUUACUUAAAAAAUAUUUUUUUUCGUUUUCUACAUUAAAAUUAUUAGCACUUUUACUAGCAAGUAGUACGUAACAAAUUAAAAACAAAACUUGCUCAAAGAAGAAAAUUAUUUUCCAAAUGAUAUUAACAAUCGUUUCUGUUCCACCAAUGUUGUUUGAGUGUGCGCGUAUCACGUAACGGAGCAAUAUCAAUUAAUCAUAAUCAAAAUUUAAUUAAUUCCUAGCGAGAACGGUAGUAAUGAAACUUUCAUUAACCCAAUAGUGAAAUGUAUUGCAACAACAGUUUAAGCUCAGUACAGACAACACGCAAAACAGAGAAACAUAAUCGAAACAAGUUAAACGAAUGAGAAUAGGGUAACGAUAUAUUGGGUUUUCAUCAACUAUGGUACUGUAAAGUUGAGUUGAUCAAUAAAGUAGAGUGAAAAAACAAGUGUGCAACAUCGGCAGAACGUUAAAAUGCGAUCCUAUUCAAUCUACGUUUAUUCGAAGAUGAACAACAAAUUCUGAUAUAUGUGUGUGUUGUAUUUGUACCUGUGAUAUUAUUUAAUGUGAUAAGCAAAUACUCUGAAUCGGUAGCAAGUUUCAUGAGGUUUAUCUUUCAGUUUCCAGUCAGUAGUCAGAUCCUCUGUACUUCGAAUUGCUUCUUAAUCAAAGCGGGAAAGAUAAUCAUUAUUCUUUUUCUCUUCUCAUUGAAAACAAUUGCUACUAACAAAUAAAAAAAAAUCUCUUUAAGUGUAUAUCUAUCCUAAACGGUACAGACGAUUUUGCUAGCUCCUAAGAACGAACGGAAACGAACAAUGUACAGGACACAAAUAUAUACUAUAAGCUAUGAAUGAAACCGCCAUAAACACAAUAAUCACAAAAAAUGCUCCACAGAGUAGUAAACUAUAGCAAUAUAUCUUUCGCUCAUGAUACAAAAAUCGGUAAAUAAUUUACAGCUAAUGGAUGAGCAAAAAUGACAUAAAACACUGUGUGUGGGAUGUUAGUAAAGUGUGACACAUUUGUUUGAACUUUGAACAAGUUCCAUUGCCGCAUGAAAUCAAGCGCACAAAACGAAGGCAGGUGAAAAGAAAGGAAUGAUGCUGACAGAAUUUUUGGAAUAAUAGAAUUCCUACAUCAUUAUUCAAAGCAAAGCGUGAUUUGUUCUUGCAUAUAAUAGUGAAACGAAGUCUAGAAAUCUCAAGGACUCACUCCUAUAAAGUCUCUCUCUCUUUAGCUAGCAUAUAAGACAAGGCGGACGUAACGCUUCGAAGCAAUCUUAUAACUAGUAACCAACAUACACUAAUCCUGACAUUAUUGGAAGCAUCGUUGCAUCAUACGCUAUCCCCAUUUAUUCCCCAUCCUACGUCAGAAGAAGCUUCAAGUAGAGAAAAUGUCGCUUACGCAUAAUGUAUGUAGAUGAUGCAACCCCCAUAAGCAUGAAUCAACAAAUAGUAAACCACCCAAAACACAAAGUAAAAUAACGAAAACAAAACUGAAGAGCUAACAUUUUUGAAUAGAAAAACAAAAAAACGAAAUCCACACGUGUGUGUAGCUUUUAAGCGAAACAAUGAAACAGGAAUACAAACGGCAGGACGUAUUACUUUACGGCAUGAUUUUUCUACCGUUUUUUCUACAUAUUUUGGCCCGUAUAGAGCGAACCGCGACUGGCAGGGGAAACAUUUGAAGCUACUAUAAUGGUAGGUUACUUAUUUGGGUAAGAGGAACAGAGGGUAAGAGAACAGGGUAGGUAGUUGUAAUGUGAUUUUGACGCGCACACAAAACACACACUCGCGCUAUACAGUGUUCUGACAGGUCGAAAUUAGUAGUUUGGAAGAUCACAUUACGACACGAGUGUGGUGGACAAACGUGGUGAGAUAUGCUGGUUAUUGUGUGGCAUUGUGAGAUUGAAUUGGUCGGUUACAGUGAAUACAUUAGGAAGAUCACGGCAAAUGUAGAGAAAUUGCAAGAGUUGUAAAUAAAAUAUUAAAAUGAUAAAA